AUGGAGGAUUUCCCACCAUCUUACGAGCUAGCUACUACUAGGGAUGUCUGGGCCAUAGUAUCCGACUACAUCCCGUCCGCAGAUUUAUGUGCAGCAUCACUCGUCUGCAAGAGAUGGCAUGCGGUCUUCGUACCUUUCCUGUGGGGAGCGCCGGCGUCGCAUUUUGGAACCGACAAUGACGCUGUAUACGUCGCCCUGACAAGGUUCAGAAGAACGCUUAAGCGCGCUCGCCUUGAGGUGCGCAUGUUAACUCAUACAUUCCAUCUGCCACCCGCCCUGUCGGAGAUAUACGGGGGACCGAGACCAUCAUGGCUCCAGGAGGUUCUGGAGUAUCUACCAAAACUCCAGUCUCUGCUCGUGUCGCAGCUGCCGUUCUUCGACCACAACUCGCUCAUGGCGUUAAGGCCGAAAUCGAACGAUGAAACUUCUUAUGAAGCGUACGGUCUUCGUCUGCUGCUAGCACAACGGGAGCCGAAUACCACAUCUGUUGGGAUCAGGGAGGCCCUGCUGCGCUUCCCGCUUCUGGUUUACUUGGAUUUAUCGUUCACCACCCCGGCGAGGGAUCAUGGCGUUUUUGCUGCCCUGUCUUACCUGAAGCACCUUCAGGUGUUGAAGUUGAGGGGCAUUGGCAUGAAGGAUGCUGAUAUGGAGGUUGUGGCUGACUCUAUCCAGACACGGGUUCGACUAUUAGACGUGCGCAACAAUCUGCUGACGGACGCUUCGUUGAGACCGCUUCUGCAGAAAUGCUUUUUGCCACCAGAGGUGGAAAUGCCGUCUCCAACUGAGCGGGAUGUCAAGUUCCAUUUCGAGUGGGCCCGGUCUAUGAGCUCUUUUUCGAACGUCCUGAAUGCAGAUUCGUUAAAAAGCGAGGACUUUGAUGUCCAUCUCAUGAAACAAUUAAUGAUACCCCUGACCGGCCGUUCGGAUCCCCAGGAUUUAUCGCAUGUUGGUAUUACACAUCUCUACAUCUCGGACAACCGGUUGUCUGUUGAAGGACUGGGGAGUUUACUGAAGUCGACACGCCUUCAUGUACUAGAUGGCGGAACUGUUAAAAGUGCCGGGUUGAUGUGGAAGCGUAAGGGGUUUGAGCCUAUCAUUGACAAUGAGAGCCAUUGGGUGGUUGGUGUGAGGUUUCCCGGUGCCGAAAAACUCAUUCCAGCGCUACGACGUUCGGCUGCCAAUAAUUUGACAUAUUUACGAGUGCACCAUGCUGUUGUUACGGAAUACACAUCGUCGUCAUCGCCGGAGGUUGUUUCUCCCAUUAGCCUACUACAAAGAUCUCCUGUGGAGCUCGACAACUUGUCAACUCAGGUUUACGAAUUGCCAGGUGAUGGCGAGGCCGUACGGCACGAGCUCCCUGAUACCUCAUUUCAAAGGCCAAUGCCUGGAUGGAGGAGCAAUUAUGGGGUUCGAGCACCCACGCGAGACCAUGAAAUACCCGAGGCAGUCCCUCUACAACCUUUCUCACUCCCAUCCUCAUCAUCAUCGCCAUCCGUCCAAUCCCGCACCGAUCGAAUCCAAUGGCUUCUAGAAAGGCGUCCGAAACCUAGCAAGGACACAGCUCUCUUCCUUCAUCCCUCGCAGACCCCUCACCUACGAACUCUCGUGCUAACUGACGUCCCCGCCUCCGUCCCACCAUCGUCUUCUUACAUCAUAUACCGUCUAAUCGGCUUCAUCACAGCUUGUGCAGAUGAGGCCCUCCUUGCCACCCUCCAAGCCCGUUCCAACUACUCAUUACCACCUGGUUGCCUCCGCGCGAGUGCGGAACGGCAACACGCACGAACUCUUUUCUCCCUCGAGCGCAUAAUCCUUGAGAUAACACCCGUCGCCAAACUUGAUUUUUCGAAGGGCUCCGCCUCGUGGAAUCUACACAAACACCGAAGGGGGCCGGGAUCCUUCUCCAAAUCCAGCACGGAGGACGUAGAUUCGGAGAACCUAUGGGUCGCUGCAGAAAACGAUUUUAGCUUCUUUAGCGACGAGGCGGGGGAGGAGUGUGGGGUUCGGGACGAAGAUGUUAAGGGUAUGGACGGUGAUCGGGACAGAAACCAGGAUAAUGCAUCCGUGAAUUCUCCUCGAACCGUGGAGCUCGAUUCGACCCCCUCACAUCAUCUGGAAACCAAUGAAUCUUCCCAGCGCAGUCCACAGAAACAUCCUCUCCAUCCCGUACCAUCGCCAUUCCUAGCCUCUCCAGCCAGAGCUCCAGCGCCCUUAUCAUCCCCCCAUCUCCUUCCAGGCGUUCAACAGCAGCAGCAGCCGCCUACUAGUCCACACCACGAAGCGGAUAUCGACGUCGUCGCCGCAUUAGCCGCGUUCCGCAAGGCGAAGAAGGCAGAGUAUGAAGAGUUGCUACGCACGGAACGGAGGCGGAAGUGUACCAUGUCAACCACUUCUACCACUGCAUCGCCUGCUCGAAUCCCUACGUCCAUCCCGCCACGAUCACCCAUGUCGCCGUCACCAUCGACGUAUCCUCUAUAUGUCGAGGGCUAUUGGAAGGGUGAGGUGAAGAUUGUAAGGAAUCCUAUGCCUAAGGGGAGGACUGGGGGUGUUGUGGAUUUGUAUGGGAAUUUUUUUGAGAAGAGAUAA